UAUACGGCCAAUUUAUCGAUUCACGAGCGUUGUGUUGUGGCCCUUCUUUCUUUUCGUCUUCCUCCGUCGCUUCAUUUUCAAAACCAUUCUCCUCUUCGUUAUCGAUCGUGCUCUUACAGUUCUGUCCAGCAUCUUCCCGUUAGAUCUAUUCGUAUUCUCUGUAUCCGCAUUUCGUGUUUCUUUGAUUGGUCCUUUUUCAGAUAUUUAUUUACAUUCUUAAACAUAAAUCUCUGCAAAUAUUCAAAACCUUUGUGUUGAUACGACUCGAUCGUUGUUUUUUUACUUUCGUGAGGAUUGUAAUACAAAGCGGAAAUUGUUGUUCGGUUUUAGUGAUUUAGGGCUUUGAAGCGGUUUUUGCUGAGAUUUGGAGGCGAGGAUAUGUCGGGUGCUGGACUGCAGUUUACGGGUGCUCGCGGGGAAGAUCGGUUUUAUAAACCAGCAAAGGCGCGUAGGUCACACCAGAACCGGCAGAAUGAUCAACUACGCAGAGCACAGAGCGACGUCGCUUUUAGGCAAUCGCUUUCCAUGAAGGAAAAACAGGCCGGUGCUCCGGUUAGGGAGCUCGAGAACCGGACUGUGUCCGAGGAGUUGUCGGAACCGGAGGCCUUGCCCGCGUCCGAACCGAUGGCGUCGCCUUUGAGUAACUUAGAACGGUUUCUGGAGUCGAUCACUCCUUCUGUGCCUGCUCAGUAUCUGUCUAAGACUACGAUGAGGGGUUGGAGGACUUGCGAUGUGGAAUUUCAGCCUUAUUUUCUUCUUGGUGAUUUAUGGGAAUCAUUUAAAGAGUGGAGUGCUUAUGGCGCAGGGGUGCCUCUAAUUCUGAAUGAUAGUGAUUACGUUGUUCAGUACUACGUGCCUUACCUGUCUGGCAUCCAAAUAUACCGUGACUCAUCAAAGUCAUUGCCAAAGUCAAGGAGGCCAGGUGAAGACAGUGACAGUGAUUUCAGGGAUUCAAAUAGUGAUGGUAGCGGUGAUCGUGAACCGGAAAGGGGAUACUCAAGGGAGCUACGGAAUGAUCAUCAUGUAACAAGAAGCAUUCCUCUUAGAGUGGAUAGGUUGUCUUUGAGAGAUCAGCACGCUGCUCUUGAAGAUGGUUUUUCCAGUGACGAGGGUGAAUCGUUGAACUCUUAUAGUGCCCUUCUUUUUGAGUACUUUGAGCGGGACCCUCCUUACAGCCGGGAGCCUUUAGCUGACAAGAUAUCGGAUCUUUCCGGUCGUUUCCCUGAGCUGAAGACGCUGAGAAGUUGUGACUUGCUUUCUUCUAGCUGGAUUUCUGUGGCCUGGUAUCCAAUUUACAGAAUAUCGACGGGGCCAACUCUUAAAGAGCUGGAUGCUUGCUUUCUGACCUACCAUUCUCUUUGUACUCCAGAGGGAGGUGUACAAAGUGUACAUAAGUCAGUAAAGAUGGAUUGCAGUGAGAUGGAUGGUGUGCCUAAUAUCACAUUGCCUGUUUUUGGCCUUGCUUCAUACAAAUUCAGGGGGGCUUUGUGGACGCCUAACGGUGGGAUUGAGAGUCCACUGGCAAGCUCCCUCUUGCAGGCCGCUGACAGUUGGUUAAGACUGCAUCAGGUCGAUCACCCUGAUUUCCUCUUCUUCUCCCGCAGGUGAUUUCGGUUUUGUCCGGUUCUUGAACUCCAAAAUAUUAUCUGGUCACUGCCUGGUCAACUUGUGAGUUUGAAACUCCCAAAUUUUGUUUAGUGCAAGAUACGAUUUGAUCUCGGAGAUGUUAUCUCGUUCUGUACUCUUGUUAUGAAACUGCAAUAAGUAAUAGUGAUAGAGUAUCUAUAUAAAGUAUAAAGGGGAAGCGCUGCUAAGUUAUUCUGUGAGGUUGAGAGAUGGUCUCUGUACCUACCGACCUAUUAUAAUAGGCGAGUUUUUUGUUGCUUCUUUUCUAUUUUAUUCCUAGUAUGUGAUGAAUAUCCAGGCA